AUGACAUGCGACAUCGGGGGCGCCCUGAAGCAGGAGAUACAGGGCUACCGCGCGAAGGUGCAGCCCAUGGUUGGCGACGCCACGGUGACCAAGCACGACCUCGAGCUGGACAUCCAAGCCGUGAAGGUGGAGCCUUGCUUCGACGGCACUACGGGAAAGCCCAUGCUGGCCGCGCCCCAUCGGCCCAUGUGCGGGGCCGUGACGAGGGCGUUCAUGGCCGAGGGAGUGGCGACCCGCCACGCGGGGCCGGCCCCUCCUGGCUGGCUCGAGGACGAGGCGGCGUCUUGGUUGGAGUGCUUCCGCUAG